CCCAAUAAUCAGGAUAUAAUAGGCAAAACAAAUAAUCAGCAAAGUAUGAGACAGGCAAUCGACCCUCAUCACAGAUAAUACUUUCGCCUUGUCAUUUUAGGAGGAUGUAAUGAGUAUAUGAAUAACUUAAUUCCAUAUGUCAUGCCAGCAGACCUGGCGCUGGCCGAACUGAAUGCACUGAAGGCUUUACGAUGUUGGGAAAAGUGAGGACAUUUCGUAAUGUUUUCUUCCUCUUCACGUCGACCAAACGAACCGAAACAAUUGUGAUAUUUGGGCAUUUUGUUUAUGUUUUCUGCAGUAUUGCAAAUAUGGAAGUAAUGGCUGAGGAGUAAUCUCUUAAUGUUUAUCUCCAAUUUCCUACAUCUUUGAAUGCGGCAUAGUUGACUUUGCCUUGUUGUCAUGCUGCCGGUGCAGCUGAUUGCCAAGGCAUACGUUUCAUCAAUCAUCAUCAACAAUGUCUUCCUAUAUCCUCGGUGUGGACGUGGGCACCACGUCGGUAAAAGCAGUUUUAUUAGAAACGGGCUCCAGGUCGGUGACUGCGAGUCACACGUUGCCGACCUCGUGCGAUCUAAUCGACCACAGCGGGAUAAAGGCGAAAGAGCAGGAGACCAGCCGGAUCAUCGACACUCUGAACCGGUGCAUCGGUCUGUUAUCGAGACACCAACUGCAGCAUGUCAUCAGCAUCGGGCUGUCCGGACAGAUGCACGGGGUCCUACUCUGGAAAGCGAGGGGCGGUUGCAUUUGGUCCAAGAGGGAUUUCUUCACAAGCGGAGACACCAGUCAGCUGAUCACCUGGCAGGAUGGGCGUUGCAGCAGCAACUUCCUGUCCUCUCUUCCAAAACCAGAUUCGCAUCUCAGCGUAGCCACGGGGUUUGGCUGUGCAACAAUCCUCUGGCAUGCAAAGCACAGGCCGGAGUUCCUUGAGGACUUCACCGUGGCAGGUACCAUCCAGGACUACGUGGUGUCCAUGCUGUGUGGUUUGGACGGGUGUGUGAUGACACCCCAGAAUGCAGCCAGCUGGGGUUUCUUCAACACCUCCUCCAACCUGUGGAACGUCGACAUCCUGAAGGGUGCCGGCUUCCCCUUGCACCUGCUUCCUCAGUGUGUGCGAUCUGGUGGGUUGGCAGGACAAACGUGCUGUGACUGGCACGGUAUCCCUGCUGGUACGCCAGUGGGGGCCGCCCUGGGAGACUUGCAGUGCUCUGUCUACUCCUGCAUGAGUGCGAGAACAGAUGCAGUUCUGAACAUCAGCACUUCAGCCCAGCUGACCUUCGCCAUGCCAGCCGACUUCAGACCUCCAGAUUCUCCACAGCCCGCCUCCUCCAUCUCCUACUUCCCCUACUUUGACGACUCGUACUUGGCGGUGGCGGCUUCACUCAACGGCGGGAAUGUAAUGGCCACUUUUGUGGGGAUGCUCACUUCCUGGAUGAAAGAGCUCGGUAUGUAUCGUACUGUAUUGUAGCGUAGUCGUGUGGUCCGGACUAAAGUAUCACAAGUUAUUUAGUAUCUGCACUUUCCCUCUAUAGCAUCACCAUGAGAUUCACUCAUGUGGCGUUGCGUGAAAUGUCUCUACAACUAUUGUAUCGGUUGCUAUGAAGCGUUGUGCACACGGUCACGUUCCCCUGAGGAGGAGUUAUAAUCCCUUUGGGGAUCCUUUUGACCCGUUUGCUCUAGCGCCAUCGUCAGGUCACUGAGAGCCCAGGGACGGUGCUGUCCACUUUGUUGCCAUUCCAUUGUGCCUGUCCCCAAACACCCCAAGGUAACCUGCCUGAAUGACUGGAGACCCGUAGCCCUCACCUCGAUUGUCAGUAAAUGCUUCGAGAGGUUGGUCAAGGACUUCAUUUGUUCCAUGUUGCCUGCCACGCUGGACCCAUGGCCUGCUUCAAGAGAUCCACUAUUGUCCCUGUGCCCAAGAAUGCUUCUCCAGCAUGUAUGAAUGACUACCGACCGGUGGCCCUCACCUCGGUGGUCAUGAAAUGCUUUGAGAGGCUGAUAAAGGACUACAUCUGCGCCUUCCUCCCUUCCUCCAUGGACCCGCUGCAGUUUGCUUAUCGCCCAAACAGAUCCACGGAUGAUGCUGUCUCCCAGGUACUGCACACCACACUCUCUCAUCUGGACAGCCAGAGGGGGGGCUAUGUGAGACUGCUGUUCAUUG